CCGCAAGAUGGAGGCCACUGACAAAAUGUUAGUUCGGUCCAAAAGUGGCUUGAGAAUCAUUGCUGCUAAUGCCGACAACGCAAGCCCUUUUCUCCUUCAAGAGCCUGAGUGGGUCCCGGACAAUACGUGUUCUCAUUGCAUGGCUCCAAACUGCAACACAAAAUUUGACUUCAUGAAGAGACGGCAUCAUUGUCGACGAUGUGGCCAGUGUUUCUGUAACAGUUGCUGUGAGACGAAAAUGUCUUUGCCCCGCAUGUGUUUUGUGGACCCAGUUAGGGUGUGUGGGAAUUGUGCAGAGGUGACAAAACGGGAAAAUGAGUUUUUUGAUAAACAUCUGAAAGUGCUAAUUACAGGAGGUCAGUUUGUGGUGGCUGACUCUGAACCUAUAGAUGACAAUGGACCUUCCUUAGUCUGUAAGCUGUCUUCCAGCCACAGAUAUAUAUUCUUUGAAGAGGACAUGUCUAAACGAGAAAACAUUUACCUGGACAAAAUUGAGUCGGUUCAAAUCUUAACUUCUGGCACAGAUCCCCAAGGUAACAUGAUGGGGACAGGGAUAGCGAUCAAGUACAGACUGGACACUGGGGAGGAGGAGAUGAUCAAGUUACAGGUAGCCCAGGUGCCUAACAGGAAGCAGGCCAUGCUCUGGGUGUCCGCCAUGCAGAAGGCGACCAAACUGCUGUAUGAGAAGCAGAACUGAGUCUGAAUUUCGGCUCAUGCUGUCGCCUUGAUCUUCACCAAGGCGACAAGUCUGAUAUGACAGCUCAACUUAAUAUACUUACAUUUCCACAUGAAAGGAGAUGUGUCAGUAAUAAUAACUGCUAUGUUCCCUCCCUCAUUUUAGUGCUCUCUAUUUUUAUGAGUGUCUGAAGCUUUUUCUGUCUUUCAUUAUAAUUAUAUUUAAAUGUUGUAGGGAUUUCUGAUAUUCAAAAUCCCCAAACUGCCUGAUAUGUACCUGCCCACAAUUUCUGCUAGGAUUGGAGAUGCCGUGAGUUAUCUCCCCUUACUCAGUUAUACCGAAAUACAUUGGCUUCUAACUGCUUGAGAAAUACAUCAUCAGGUGCAUGGAUGGAUUCUCCUGUGGUUGUUUUCAGUAGAAAAUUAUGAUACAAAAUCUUCUGAAAUCUCAAAAAGCAAAGAUUCAUUUCAGCUUAAUAUUUUGGCUUUUAUUUUGCAAGAUCAGUAGCAGUGUUUUUCUCUCUACACAUAUAUUCUUGUUAGACCAACAUAUUUUUAUUCUUUUAAGUAGUUAAUUCCUGUUGUUUUAUGUUUUGUUUUAAGGAAUGGAUUUCAAAAAUGAAGUGUGCCAGCAUAGGCAAGCUUUCGCAGGAAAGAAUUUCUCUGAAUUUCUGACAUAUAUAGAAGUAAGGCUGUGUGGAAACAAUGAUAUCUGGUUUAUGUGUUGUGCACUCUUUUAAAAUGGAAUUCCAAAAGUUUAUUUAUCAGGAUAUUUCCCACAUUGUGGAUGAUUAAUGUGAUCAAUUGGCAAUAAUUAAAAGUUAAAAGUUAAUAAUACAUGUACACAGACCAUAUUACAGCUUCAGGGUCUUUUGUUACUGUGGGUUCAGUUUAGAUCCAUGGUAGUAAAUUGCCUAUAAGGGAGUUUUAAGUUUAAACUCUUUUUAUUGCUAAUGGUAAAAAAAAAAAUGUUCUAUUGUACCAUGUGACCUGUACGAAAUGUUGGGCAACUAUUUUUGGGUACAUUUACUUCAACAUUGUCAUCUGAAAAAAAAGUUUCACAAAAAGUUAUUUAGAUUAAGCCAGCAAUGGAGACAAUUGAGGAACAGAACGUUUGUGAACGUGAGAAGUCCCUGAAAGAAAAAAGUCUCAUUUGUGCUUCAAGGACAUGGUGAGACAGGUCUUCAGUAAAUUAAUUUCAACAAAGUUUGCCUAAUAUUUUUGACAAGUCAGGUGAGAAGUGGGACUUUUUCACCUUUGGUGACAAAAGAGUUCAUUCUCAGAACUUUCCCAUUGCAUUACAAUCCUACAAGAUGUCAAUUGAAUUUGCUUGUUUUUAUUUAGUGUAACUGUGCAUAGUGACGGUUUACUGUAUAUUGCAUGUGCCUUAUUGUGACCAUUGGUUUGUGAUGUUGUAAUGUAACUAUGGACUUUGUGUUACAGAUCUUGCAUUAUUAUGUGUAUAUAUGUAAUUCUAGAUUCCCUUUUAAAUUUUCCCCUUCUCAGAGUUUAAUUGUUGUCAUGUGUUUAGAGUACUUCAAUAUAUGUAUAAAUAUUUCAAAUGUAAUCAUUUAUUUUAACUUUAAAUGUCAGCAUUAUCAAAAAUGUUCAUCGAGAUGGAGGUGUCCAUCAGUUAUAACGUGUCUUAUUGUAUGUGCGUUACGUUGGGCAUUGCAUUAGCUUAGUGAUAAAAAACACAGAUUCUGGGAUUUCUUUGAAUUCUGUACAGAUUUCAGUUCUUUUGUUUAUAGCACAACGCAGAAGCGUUUUUGGUUCAAAAAGUAGGAAUUCAGGUCGCGUGUAUCUAGUUACAUGUGCAGCUGAUAAUGGUCAUGAGCUACUACUGCUGAUAUGAAAAAGUAGAGUGAGUGUAACAAAUCUUACAUGCUGAAUUACCUGCAGACAGAAGUUGAAAAGAUCCAUUUUUUCCACUUGAGCAAGUGCUCCAGUUUGUCCACAUAAAUCAGUGCAUCAGCUGGGAAUAUGAGUCAUGUAUGUUGAGGAAGACUAGUACAGUACAUACAUUAAAAAAUGUUGCCUAAUGACGUAAUUUUAUGCAGUAUUUAGGAGUUAGAAAAAAGAAAGCUACAGUUUAGCACUUGUACCAGUAAUCUUCCUGGUGGUGAGAAUAUAUUUCAGAACAUGUAGCAAGAUUACUCUAGCUGAAAAACCAUACUGUUAUGUAUGUCCUUUUUAUAUAAUGCAGGUUUUAAAUGGAUGAAAUUCUGGUCUCUUCAGGUUCAUUUUGAGAGUUAAUAUGGUUAUGUUUAAACCUUCCCACAGUUUGUUGAGUAACUGCAUAAAGCUGAGUGAGUUCAAGGAGCUGCCAGAUGUUUGAUGGUACAACAGAUUUUGACAUUGGAUAUGGCAAAAACUGCUAGCUAAUAGACAGAAAUUACAGGAAAAUAAUUUCUUCCAAUGGUCCACUUUUAAUUUGCUCAAAACUAAUGUAAUUAUGCUUCUGAUAGUGUUUAUCACUGGGAGCCGAUUCAAAAUCAGUUUGGACUGAAGGCUUUUCUUCAACAGAUUUAAAGUGGACAUUUUUAUCCAAAGCAUGUCACCUCUUUGAGGGAAUCCCAGUCUAAUACAGCAAUGAAAACUGUAAAAUUGUGCCUGAACUUUUUUUUUAUAGAUUUAAAUAAAAGGGUUGUAAAAUAUCUACGAAAACAUUCACAUAUGCUUCAUUCUGUAGGGUAGAGCUCUUUAUUCAGAAAAAAACAUUUUUCAAAGGUUCCAAAGAUGUACUGGAAUCCUAUAGCAUAGGGGCUACUUUUUUAUUUUUAUUUCUUUUCUUUGUGAUAUCUAGGUUAUAUUGCGAAAAGGAAUUUUAAUAUUCAAUGGAAAACGAAGAAAGAAAAUUAGUGUGAUGGUAAGCCUGAAAAUAAAAUUGAGAAGUAAAAUAAUCGAAGGAAUCUUAAAGACCUAAUAUUUUCAUGCAACUGAUUUUUAUAUAUUUCUUUUAUAAAGUGGCUUUUAGAAUAUCUGCAUCUGGUGAGUAGACUUUGAGACAGCUGGUUUCACAAUUGUUUUCAUGAUUAAAAUAAAUGUUACCUUUGUGUGAAGGUAAUCUGUGACCCAUAGAGACAGUCGGACAAAGGCAAGAUGUUAGUGUAUUUGUAUAUUUUGAUACUUUGUAUGUGUAUGUUAUUUGUAAUAAGUGUAUUUGUAUUUGUCUCUGAUUGUAAUAAAUGAUGUGGUUUAGGGACCAACUGUGAAGUCUGUACGUAAAUAAGUCAUUAGUAUUGUGGUGUUUUUUUUUUUUUUUUAUUAUGUAUCAUACUUCUCAUUUAAUCAUUCAUAUACAGUUUGUGAAAAAAAAUCAUAGAGGUUAAGAGCAUUUAAAUAUGGUGCAUAAAAUGAUAACUGAAAUGUUUUAUGGCAAGCUAAAAUAACCAGUGACUUCUGUACUUUUUUGUAGAUUAACUUCAACUAACUGGUCCUCCCAUAUAUAAUCUGUAUUCUGUUUGUGUACAUGAGCACAUUACCUUCAGCUUGUACCUAUGAACUGGACUGCCACUAUAGAAGAAAGUAACUACCAAAUCUACACUCACUAUGUGCUGUUAUUGUUGACUAAAGUAAAAGAAAGCUAAAAUAUGAAGUAAGGUUCAUCAUACAGACAACUGAAAACUGUGGGUAAAAUACUUUCAUGACUUUUUUCAGAUUUUGGAAGAGUGUUGAAAGGCAUCCAAGUAUUUGAAUACUAUGAUGUGCUUUAUGAGCCAUACUGACAGUAUCUAGGAACUCUGACGUCACAUCACGUUUUUUUUUUGUUGUUGUUCAACAGAAGGAAGGAAUUUUUUGGAACAUUAUUUCAGUAAUCUUUUACUCAUGGGUAAAAAGAGUUAUUCCAACAUACAGUGUUGUGAUUAGAGUUGAAAAAACUUCCUGUGACAUCAGAGUUCCUAAACUCGGAUAGUAUGGUCCAUAAAACCUACCUUAAAAUGUAAAUGUUUCAACGCCUCUAACUCUUUUCACAAAGAUCUAAAAAAAUAAAAGAGAUUAUAUUUAUGCAUAGUUUUAAGUGGUCUGUUUAGUGAUGUCUACUUCGAUUUUUAGAGAUCUUUUCCUUUAAAGGAUUGCAAAAAAUCUCUCUGUGGAGAUUUAAUAGAUUGCUGACGUGUCUGUGGGCUUUCCUGUUGUUGAAAUAAUACCUAGUGGAAUUCUAGAAUUUAAAGCUAUUUUAAUUGUUCUGUGAGAUUAGGUCAAAUACAUUUAUAUACUUGUGUAUUAUUAUUGGGAAUGAAAUAUCAACCCCCAUAGUGCGGCUGUUCACAAUUCAGACUGUUCUGUUUUACAAUAUUGUGUGUAAGGUGUUUUUUUGGGGGUGGGUUUGUGGAACGGGGGAUAUAACUAUUGAUUUAUGUGUUGUGCACUCCUGUAAAACUGUUUUCUAUCAGUAGAAUUCACACUGUUAUUUUUCCAGGUUUACUUUAUUUUUCUUCACUGAGGAUGAGAAAUAAUUUGUGUAAUGUCUGAGAUGUAUAUUACAUGGCCAGAAUAUGUAACAGCGUCAGAAAUGUUGAACAAAUGUCAUCACGGCUUAAAGCCUGGUUGUUGCUGUGAACAUGGAAGUGUAUAUGGCAUAUGUACACAUGGAGGUACAUGUGACAUAUAUAUACCUCCAUGUUGUGAACAAGCUAACUUUCCUGUCUUUCGAGAAUAUCUGUUCAAUUUUGAUUUCACCUGUGUAAACUGUUUGAAAGGUUAAACUGAGUACUAAGGAAUAUGUGGAUGCUUGCAGUUGUGGUAAUGACCAGAAAAUGUGGAUUAAACUUAUGUUAGCUGAAUUCUUCCUGAAGCCCAUUUUCAUACCAAACAUACACAAGUAAUUUUAUAUCCCGAGGCCUAGCUUAAAAGUCUGUUUUGUAAUGUGUAAACAGUUUUGAAUAGAACAGUCUAAUCAGUGUUUUACUGUGCUAUAUGCAGGGCUUAAAAUUAAGAAGAAUAAAGCUUUCAUUGUUUUGUCGGGACUGUUAAAUUGUUUACGUAAGGUACUCCAAGACUAUUAAUGUUUCCGAGAAGCUCACGCAUGUAUAGUGGAAUUGUGGAAUGUACAAAUUGUUAAUUGUGUAUCUGAAUUACCCAAGUAUUUACUGUUAAAUAGUGUUAAAAAUCCAAGUCCAAGUGUUCUGUUGGGGCCAAUGUUACUUACAUAGAACCGCCCAUAGAACCUGUCUAUGCAAGCAGUCUCAAUCUCUGGUUGGUAUAUUUCUGCUUUAGCAAUCUCCUUUUGUCGUUUUCUGUAUUUGUUUCAUACACUGGCCGUUUUUGCUGUUAGAAAUACGUUAAAAUUUGAUCGGAAAUGAAAAGGAAAGUUAAAUAUCCAGAAUGAGUUUAGGGUAUAUACCUGUGACCUGCUAAAUAUGAAUUGUAGUUUAGACAUUGUGUUUUGGUCAAGGUGCCAAGAAAGCUUUGGUGUGCCUUGCUUGCAGUGUGAUGAUGUGAAGCCAGUCAGCUGAAUAUAAUUCUCUGUGCAUUGAAUAUUUACUAUGCGCAUCCUUCAAGGUUUACUUGUUACUAUAUAGAUGUAUAUAUGUUUUAUUCUCUUAACCAAUUGAAAAUCGUUGCCUUGCAUUCUGCCUUCCUUGUUAAGCUUAUCCUCUGGGAACUGUGCUAUUUUCGGAGGACAUUUUUCUGUUGCAUAUCUUGUAAAACACGAGAUAUCGCUUCUUGUUGACCAGUGUUAUAAUCAUUUCAAGAAAGUGAUUUUCUCCAAGAGCAUGUAUAUAGGGAUGUUUUCGCUAUAUGACUUUCACAGCAAACGUAUUAGACACACAUCCCAUAACCUGGGAUCUUCCAUCGCUAGUGCGAACAGAGAUUUUCGACUGUGACAAAUUAAAUUGAAUUAUUAACUCUUGCCAGACGUUUUAUCUCCUCAAAGACGCACAAAAUACCAAACGUGGAACAGGAUCUGUUCCCUAAUUUUCCUCGCAGAUAUUGUGUGCUUUAAAUCAACAGUGCCGUGAAGUAAUUUCAUUUACUGAAAAAGAAUUUGCGUACGAAGUUACGGGAUAACCCCCAUUGGCAUUACCGGGAUUAUAUAGAAAGCAAAGGGCUUAAAAAUUACUGUCAGGACUGAAUUGUAGUAGUACUUGUGAUAUUCCAUCCAAAAGUUUUCUGUGUGUAUUCAUUUACUUGUUUGAGCGGUGUUUUACGCAGUACUUAAGACAAUUUCACUUAUAAAAUGGCGGCCUUCUUUGUGUAAAUUGUAUAAGAAUUUUUGUGCUGGCAUUUACAAAAGUGCUACAUGAUUUUUUUGUAAAGUAUAGCCCUCUAAUGUUCCGAAUAGAGCAAAGAGUGGAGUAGUCAUCUGUCAUGAGCUAUUGGCAUUGUUAGUGUUUCCAAGCAUGUUUUGAUAUUUCGCAGAAGGCAAGUAAACGUGUACAACAGAUGGAAUAUUUUAAUGCUAGUCAUUUAGCGUGAAAACAACCGGUUCCAUCGCGAGUUCUUCCAAUCUCUGUGUUUUUCUUAUAGUAUAUUAUUCAUUCAUAAUCAUCUGUAUAUACUUUGUCAUGUAUUACCCAUACAUACAUACAUAUGUAUAUUAUUAUCGGCUUUCAUAUAUCAUGGUCUGCAUAUAUUGAUCAUGUAUAUACACAAGCUAUUCUCAAUGUAAUAAACCGAAAAGUUUUCGUAGAAUGUUUGAUUUUGUGUUAAUUUU